UAGGAGUGGAUGGUGUGUAUAAUAAAAUUACAUGCUUGGAAUAGAGGAAAAGGGGAAAUAAAGAACAUUUUCUUCGUUGGAAAACAUCUUGGUGAAAAACAAUUUUAUGAAAUACUUUAUAUGGACAUUGUUUGGCUUAGCACCACUAUUUGUUUCAUGAGGUUGCAGUCGAAGGUUGCAGUCUGAGUAUAUAUUUAUUGGAAGAAUGACUCUGGAGUCCAUCAUGGCGUGCUGCCUUAGUGAAGAGGCAAAGGAGGCGAGACGGAUCAACGACGAGAUCGAAAGGCAGCUCCGUCGGGACAAGAGAGACGCUCGCAGGGAGCUCAAACUACUGCUUCUCGGUACAGGAGAAAGUGGCAAAAGCACAUUUAUUAAACAGAUGAGAAUCAUCCACGGUUCAGGAUACACGGAUGAGGAUAAGCGGGGCUUCACAAAACUGGUGUAUCAGAAUAUCUUUACAGCCAUGCAGUCUAUGAUCAGAGCCAUGGAAACACUAAAAAUCUCGUACAAGUAUGAACACAACAAGGGGAAUGCUAACAUAGUCCGAGAGGUUGACGUAGAGAAGGUGUCAGUGUUUGACAACCCGUACGUUGAUGCGAUAAGGACUUUAUGGAAUGACCCAGGUAUCCAGGAGUGUUAUGACAGACGGAGGGAAUACCAGCUCUCAGAUUCAGCCAAAUACUACCUUAAUGGCUUGGAGCGCAUUGCGGAACCCAACUAUCUGCCCACCCAGCAAGAUGUGCUUAGAGUCAGAGUCCCAACAACAGGGAUCAUUGAGUACCCUUUUGACUUGCAAAGCGUUAUUUUCAGGAUGGUGGAUGUUGGAGGGCAGCGAUCGGAAAGAAGAAAAUGGAUUCACUGCUUUGAAAAUGUGACGUCCAUCAUGUUUCUGGUUGCCCUCAGUGAGUACGAUCAAGUACUCGUGGAGUCUGACAAUGAGAACCGAAUGGAAGAGAGCAAAGCACUAUUUAGGACAAUAAUCACAUAUCCCUGGUUUCAAAAUUCAUCAGUCAUUCUCUUCUUGAACAAGAAGGACCUCCUUGAGGAGAAGAUCAUGUAUUCUCAUCUAGUUGAUUACUUUCCUGAAUAUGAUGGCCCUCAGCGAGAUGCUCAAGCAGCGAGGGAGUUCAUAUUGAAAAUGUUUGUGGACCUGAACCCUGACAGUGACAAAAUUAUCUACUCACACUUCACAUGUGCCACAGACACAGAGAAUAUACGCUUCGUCUUUGCUGCUGUCAAGGACACAAUCCUACAGUUGAAUCUGAAGGAGUACAAUCUGGUCUGAAGAGUGACUGUAUUAUCUGUGAAAAAAAAAAGAAAACAAGUAAUUGCAUAAUACUAAUUUAUUGCCGUCCUGGACUGUGUAGUCACAAAACUUGUCACUAUUAUGAUUUUAUUUAAAAACAAAAGUGUGGGGUGGGGUGGGGGGGGGGGUGGUGAGCGAGCGAGAGCUGUGGCGAAUUUGCAGCACAAUUCCUCAUUUUAGGCAAAAUAUUGUGAACUUCAAUUUUUUUUUUUUUUUAUCUCUGUUGUGCACUCAAGAGGGUUGUAGUAUUUUAUUUGCUUCUGAAGCAAAACUCUACCCUUCUCCCCUGCCCCCCUUUCCUAAUGUAUCUGAGGUACAAUGGCCUUUCAUUUUGAUCCAUUCCUUAGUAACAGUGUUUUGCAGUUAUAGAAACUCAGCCAUCUGUUCAUCUAAUUUAUGUGCUUUUUUUACUGAAGGAUGAAAAGUAUUGAUGCUGUGAUUUUAAAAUUAUUGACAUGUGUAAAUUACUAAUACGGUUUGGUACUAUCUAUCUUCAUCGUGGGCGGCAAAGGAAAACACAUUGGUAGCUCUUCAAGCAGUAGGUAGCUACUUACAGAAAUCGUCUGUGAUACCUAUGUAUCCAGACGCGUGG